CAGCCUCCUCUCUGCCUCCCACAGUAGCUGCGCUCCCUCCUCCGGCACCGGACCGCCCAGCUCCUCCUCGGCCAGGCGGAGGGCGCAGCUCAAGCCUCAGCAGCAGCAGCAGCCGCCGCAUCAUGCAGCAGCCGCCGGCUCCAGCGGCUGCCCUUCUGCUAGUCCUGCUGGCUACAGCCUCCUCUCAGCCUCUGUUCCACAGAACCCGAGAGGACGCCUCCCAGUUCCUUCGCCCAAGGCACCGCCGAGCCUUCCAGGUCUUCGAAGAGGCCAAGCAAGGCCACCUAGAGCGGGAAUGCGUGGAAGAGUUUUGCAGCAAGGAGGAAGCCCGGGAGGUCUUCGAGAACGACCCUGAGACGGACUAUUUUUACCCAAAAUACCUGGCAUGUGUUAAAACAUAUGGCUCAAGAAGUCCAGAUUUCCAUACAUGUGUGCACAAUCUGCCAGAUCAGUGUUCACCUAGCCCAUGUAAUAAAGAAGGUACUAAAACAUGUGAAGAUAAGAAGGGUGGGUUCUUUUGUCACUGCAGAGAAGGGUGGCAAGGAGACAGGUGUGAACAAGAUGUUGAUGAGUGUGUUAAGAGGAAUGGUGGAUGCACACAGAUCUGUUUCAACAAGCAAGGCAGCUAUCGCUGUGCUUGUCAAAGUGGCUAUGCUCUUCAGAAGGACAACAGAACUUGUGAAGAUAUUGAUGAAUGCACGGUAUCGCCUGGCAUCUGUGGAGAAGCUCAGUGUAAAAAUUUAAUAAGUUCUUAUUCAUGCUUUUGUGAGGAAGGCUACAAAUUUGAUGAUGUAAGAAAGCUUUGUCAAGAUGUGGAUGAAUGUGCACAAAACUUUUGUGAGCAAACUUGUGUCAAUUCACCAGGAAGUUACAGCUGCCACUGUAAUGGAAGAGGAGGAGUUAAGCUUUCCAGUGACAUGAAUACCUGUGAGGAUAUUUUGCCUUGUAUAUCUUUUGCUGCUGAAAAAAGUGUUAAGUCACUCUACCUUGGAAGAAUGUUUAGUGGCACACCUAUUAUCAAACUACGUUUUAAAAGGAAACAACAUACAAGACUUGUGGCUGAGUUUGACUUUAGAACCUUUGAUCCUGAAGGCAUUAUUUUCUUUGCUGGAAACCCUAAAGAUAGUACAUGGAUAGUCUUGGCUUUGCGCAAAGGCCGAUUAGAACUGCAGUUGAAGUAUAAUGGCAUAGGCCGUGUGACCAGCAGUGGACCAGUUAUCAACCAUGGAAUGUGGCAGACGAUAUCUGUUGAAGAAUUAGAGAGAAGUUUGGUUAUAAAAGUCAAUAAGGAUGCAGUUAUGAAGAUAGCUGUUUCUGGAGAUCUAUUUAUUCAGGACAAAGGACUGUAUCAGCUACACCUAACAGUGGGAGGCAUUCCUUUUCACACCCACCAUCUUGUUCAGCCCAUUAACCCUCGAAUAGAUGGAUGCAUGAGAGCCUGGAACUGGUUGAGUGGUGAUGAUACAACUAUCCAAGAUACAGUGAAGUUGAAUAACAAGAUGCAGUGCUUUAGAGUAGCAGGAAGAGGCUCUUUCUACCCUGGCAACGGUUACGCUGUCUUUAAUCUCAGUUACACAAAACCUCAUGACAGUAAUGAGACCAGGAAGCAAUGGGAAAUAAAAAUAAACAUUCUGAUUCGGCCAGCUACAGAUACUGGGGUCCUCUUCGCUCUAGUCAGCAGUGAAGCAAGAGUCCCUUUGUCAGUUGCGCUUAUUGAUUAUCAUUCUACAAAAAAACUUAAACAACAGUUUGUUGUUCUGGCAGUGGAGAACAGAGUGGUAUGCAGACUGGCAGUAAAUAUUUGCGAUGAACAGGAGCAUUUGGUUGACAUUGUGAUCAGCAACAGUCAGAUAUUGCUCAAUGUGGAUGGGACUAUAGGACAAAGCGAGCUAAGCAAUUUACAGCUCGAAGAGAACUUGACCAUCUUGGAGAAUUAUUUGCAGUCAUCUGUGAAGACCUAUGUGGGAGGAUUACCAGUGUUUACCUGGAUACUGAUGUUCCUGUUACUUCAACUCCAGUCACCGCUUUCUACCAUGGCUGCAUGACAGUGCAAGUUAAUCUGCAAACUCUGGACCUGGAUGAAGCUCUUGACAAGUCCAACGAUAUCACAUCUCAUUCUUGCCCUCCAAUAGAGACUGCUCAAUAGAUGCAAUUCAAACACUCCUAAGUUUUAUAUUAAAUGCUUUCUUUUUAAUAUAUAUAUAUAUAUAUACAUAUAUAUAUAAAGAUAUAAAUUAUUCAGACUUCCAGCACUGUGUGUAUAGAUCUCUUGGACACUGAAGUUAUAUAGAGCUACUGAAACUCAAAUGUCAGAUUAAUUAUUGAAAUAUUUCUUUGCUUUGGAGAGUUUCAAAUGUGUAAUAUAUUUGUAAAUAGUUCAGAAAUAACCCAAAGCUACAAACGAUUGCCUAAGGUGAGUAGUUAAGAGACAGAUCGUAUCUGUUAUGUUGCAACUGGUAAUAUAUUCUGCGUGGACUGGAAGAUUAAAUAUAGUUCUGUAUUUUUUUAUUACCAAAUGCUGCUUCCUGACUUAGAAAAUAUGAAAGAAUAAAACAUGAAACUUUUUUGGACUUAA